AUUCCCGAAAAAUCUCAAGCGCGGGUCGCUGACACAAGCAAAGCUGACGCUCUGCCAAAGUUAACGAUGGUCCUUCAGACCAGUUGGUUCGUGCUCCGGGUUGUUGCUCGGCUGGUGCAGAAUUGCCCGCGACCCAACCCAAAGUGUCCACCGUCGCCUUUGCCGGGAUGA